GGCCGUCAAGCCAUGUUUGAUUGAGAGACGUUGAUUUUAAAUCUGUAGUAGACAUGCCGCGUAGGCUUCUUUCAGGCUCCUUCCUACCGGUGCAACGGAAGAGAGAGAGAGAGACCGAGGUUGCUGACGCAACAUUGGAAAGAGCAGAGCGGCUUGUGCCGGGCAACAUCCGGGUGCUUGUGCAGUUUGAAACAACCGCUUGAAACAAGGUGGGGGGGUGGGAUUCCGCCUCAGCCAAUCCUGAGGUGAGCUUAGCCUCCUGUGCGGUGGGACAGAGAAGCUCAAUCUGCACAGCGACCAACUGAGAGCAUCAGAGCAACAGAGCCCGACCAAUAGAAAACCUCUUUACAAGGGAGAGCUGUUCUCUCAAGCUUUCAACACAAGCCCGUUUCUAUGGAGAUCAGGGACAGACGAUAGGACAAACUUAUCUGUCAUUCGCCCUCCGCCGCAGCUCCCCGCCAAUAGGAGGCCGGCAUUCCCCACCGAACGUUGCAUCUUCCCGCCCCCUCGGCCGUGAUUGAGGAGAGCCAAUGGGCGGCGGGCUCGGAGCAGGCGCUCGCUUUUUUGAAUUGGGGUGUUGUGCGGCCGGGCUUGAAGGGUGGAUUUUGCUGGAGCGGAGAGACGGGUGGCUGCGCUGUUGAAGGGAAAUGUCCUUUUGAUCAUGGCUGAGAACAGUACAUUCAUGUCUGAUAUAGGGAGGAGUCUUUUGGCAGAUUCUUCUAUUCUUGACUCGAAAGUUGCAGAAACUUCCAAAGAGAACAUAUUCACAGGACCUACUUCAGAUGGUGAAGAGGAAAUGCCCCAGAUUGAAACCAGGGUGGUUCUAGUUCAAGAAGCUGCUAAAUAUGAGGAACUCCUGAAAGCUUUAGAGACCAUUAAGAUAAUGGAAGUUCCAGUUAUAAAGAUAAAGGAAACUAUUCCUGGUAAAUCGGAGGAGAAACUAAUUAAAAGUAUUGUGCAUAUGGAAAUUAAGGUGCCUUACAUAAAGACAGAAUCAUUGAAAGCAUAUGAGGACUCUGACUCACUAGAAUUUGAGACCAUCUUUGUGAUAGCAGACUUCCAGGAUUCCAUUUUUAAUGACUUGUACAAGGCUGACUGCAGAGUUCUUGGGCCGCCAAUAGUAAUGCACUGUGCUAGAAAAGGCGAGCCUCUGCCUUUCUCAUGUCGUCCACUGUACUGUGCCAGUAUGCUGAAUCUUGUAUUAUGCUUCACAGGAUUCAGAAAGAAAGAAGAAUUGGUUAAGCUGGUGACUUUGGUUCAUCAUAUGGGAGGGAUCAUUCGGAGGGAUUUCAGUUCAAAGGUUACACAUCUGGUGGCCAGUUCUACACAAGGAGACAAAUUCAGAGUUGCUGUGAGUCUAGGAACCCCAAUUAUGAAAGCAGAGUGGAUUUUUAAGGCAUGGGAGAGAAGAGAUGAAAUUGACUUCUGUGCUGCUAAUGAGGAAUUCAGGAAAGAAUUCAAAGUUCCUCCAUUUCAGGAUUGCUUGUUGAGUUUCCUUGGGUUCUCUGAUGAAGAGAAGAAGAAUAUGGAAGAAAUGACAGAAAUGCAAGGUGGACAACAUUUACCUGUUGGUGACACAAGGUGCACUCAUCUAAUAGUUGAAGAAAAUACAGUAAAAGACCUCCCAUUUGAGCCAUCUCAAAACCUCUAUGUUGUAAAGCAGGAGUGGUUUUGGGGAAGCAUACAGAUGGAUGCCAGAGCUGGAGAAUCUAUGUACUUGUUUGAAAAGCCGGACAGUCCUGAACUCAAAAAAUCUGUCUCGCAACUCUCUCUGAGUACUCCAAACAGCAACCGAAAGAGACGUCGCUUAAAGGAGACCCUUGCUCAGUUGACGAGGGAGACAGAUAUGUCUCCCUUCCCACCUCGGAAACGGCCAUCAGCUGAACAUUCCCUUUCUAUGGGAUCCUUCCUUGAUAUUUCCAACACGCCAGAAUCAAAUGCAGCUAACGGAGGGGACAGGACAGAAUUGAGGAAUACGAAUACUGAUAGACAGAGAGGCAACUUUCGUUUCAAUAAAUUUAGUCGGAUGAGGAGGAAAACAUGCAGACUCCCCAGUUGUAUUCCUCUGGAUAAUGUUGCUCCUCAGUGUUGUAUAAACUCUUUAGAAAGCCUACAGAAAACCAUCAAGGCAGCUGUCAGUAAGCCAUCUGAAAGUCUAGUUAAUGGAGCAUCUCAAGGAAGGACAGUAAUGAAUCUUCAAAAAUAUGUUCUUUUUCCAAUGGAAAGCAAAGAAGCUUCUGUAAGCCUCUGUUCCCUUUCAGCUCUGAAAUACAAUAUUGCCUUAUGUGAUCAUCAUCUAGGUAGAUACGUAUCAAGACCACCACAAGAUGGUGAUGAGUCGGCUUCCUUAACAUUUCCAGAUCAAGAUUACCAUUUAGGCCAUGCAGAACUUGAUUUAGAGUGUGAUUCAUGUACUAAAAGGGCAAUUUCAAAAUACCGAUUGGAUCAGAUCCUGGAACCUGACUUCCAAAACAAACUACAUUUCUUCCAUGAAGUAGAGAGAUGUAGAUGUGGUCAUGUUGAAAGUAAGUCGGCUAUGACUUGUGCAAAUGUUAGUGCUGAAACGCAGCAAGUGAUCUGUGAGAGAAGCAGCCAGGAACAAGGCAGUAAGGAGAGGUGUACCUUUGAUGAUGGGACACCAAUUAAUGAAAUUAAUAGUUGGACAGCAGGCCCUGAACCAAUCUUGGAUUUAAACUCAGGUGCCAAUUUCAUUUGUACUAAUGCUGUGCUGAUAACAGAAACUCCUAAAUCAUGUACAAAGCCAUCCAAAAACUCAACUCCUCUUCCUCCAAAGCAGUCUGCAAGAUGGCAAGUUGCAAAGGAGUUGUAUCAGACGGAGAGCAACUAUGUAGACAUCCUGACAACUAUAAUUCAGGUCUUUCAGGUCCCUUUGGAGAAGGAAGGACAGCUUGGAGGCCCCAUUCUUGCACCAGAAGAAAUUAAAACCAUAUUUGGCAGUAUUCCCGAUAUCCUUGAUGUACACAUUAAAAUAAAGGAGGACCUUGAAGAUCUUAUGAUAAACUGGGCAGAAAGCAAAAGCAUCGGUGAUGUCAUCCUUAAAUAUUCAAAAGACUUGCUGAAAACCUACCCACCUUUUGUGAACUUCUUUGAAAUGAGCAAGGAAACUAUUACCAAGUGUGAAAAACAGAAGCCUAGGUUUCAUGCUUUCUUAAAGAUAAAUCAAGCUAAACCAGAGUGUGGCCGCCAGAGUCUGGCAGAACUCCUCAUCCGACCUGUUCAGAGGCUGCCUAGUGUUGCUCUUCUCCUAAAUGACAUUAAGAAACACACAGUGGAAGACAAUCCUGACAAGGCAACUCUAGAGAGAGCCAUUGAAUCUCUAAAGGAAGUGAUGACGCAUAUUAAUGAAGAUAAAAGGAAAACUGAAGCCCAAAGGCAGAUUUUUGAUGUUGUUUAUGAAGUAGAUGGCUGUCCUGCCAAUCUCCUGUCAUCUCACCGAAGUCUAAUUCAGCGCCUGGAAACAGUGGCACUUGGUGAUGACCUCUGUGACCGAGGGGAGCAGGUCACUCUGUUCCUUUUUAAUGACUGCCUGGAGAUUGCAAGGAAGCGGCACAAAGUCAUUGGUGCUUUCAAGAGUCCACAUGGCCAUACCAGGCCACCAGCAUCUCUCAAGCACAUCAUCCUCAUGCCCCUGUCUCAGAUCAAGAAAGUCCUCGACAUCCGAGAGACAGAAGACUGCCACAAAGCAUUUGCAUUGGUUGUGCGGCCCCCAACGGAGCAGACCAACUUGCUGUUCAGCUUCCAGAUAACUAUUGAGGAGCCUGCCAAAGAGGACUGGUUGAAGAUGCUGUGUCGACAUGUAGCGAACACUAUAUGCAAAGCAGAUGCUGAAAAUCUUAUUUAUGCUACUGAUCCUGAUUCUAUUGAAGUAAACACAAAAGACAUGGAUAGUACAUUGAGUAGGGCAUCCCGGGCCAUAAAGAAAACAUCUAAAAAGGUCACACGCGCAUUCUCUUUUUCCAAGACACCAAAGAGAGCACUUCGAAGAGCUUUGAUGGCACAUAACAGUGUUGACGAAAAGAAUUUUUGCACAAGUGAAAGUUACUGGGGGGGGCGCAUGUGUAGCAGUUCAUCACUAGCGAUGACUCGCUCCUCUUCUACAUACAGCUUAACUGGAUCAAUUAAACACUUUAUUAGUGUGCAACGUUCCAACUCUAUUGAUGGGAGCUCCCAAAGCGCUAGGCCCCGACCUGUGACCUGCAAUUCCCAUGGUCUGGAAGGGCGAAUUACUUCUAGCUCUGAAACUUUAGACGGCCACUCCCUGGCCAAUCCUUGCUUGGUCAUCACUGCCAAUAGUGGUGAAGUGAGUGAUGACCGGAACGCUGCCUAAAGGCAUCCACUCACCCUCCUUGGUCAGCCUGCCGUCUGUGUUUGAAAAGAGGAGCCAUACUUUAAGUCGAUCGACGACUCACUUAAUAUGAAAUGAGCAGAAACUGGAGUUGCAAUUUAACAUUAUGGCCGACAAAAAUGGUUUCGCUAUUGAAGCAACCACUUACUGACAUGAAUGGUGGUACUUAGCUUGCCCUUAGUGGCAAUUAGUUAGCUUUUAGAUUACACUAAGUUAAUCUCCAAGAAUUGUCUGGUCUUGUCUACAAGACGAGUAAUAGACUGGGUAUUAGUUUGGACAUAACUCAUUUCUUUGCACAAAUGACCCUGCUGACAUAAUGGAAGUAUUCUGCUCAGUGUAAAAAAUUCCUUAGCCUUUAUGAAUAAAAUGGUAUUGGAACUGAAUAUUGAAAUUUAGAGGUUGCUCAAUGAUGCUCCCACUGGCUGAAGAUGAUGGAUCUUGUGUUUAAAAUAAGCUGUGUUCAACUUAACUAGUGCAUGGACCAAUAACUGGAGUGAAAUAAAUUAUUUCACAUUUAGACAACAAACCUUAUUUUAUAGGCUAUCCAAAUGAUGUAGGUUUGUAGGAGCCUGGAUAUACUUUAGGCAUGGUGACAGUGCAUUGGUGGUGGUGACAGUGGAAAUAUGCAACACUUUCUCCAGCUUUUCAUUUGGUCCAACCUUGUUUAAUUGCUAGAAAUAACUUUUGCUCAACAAUAUAGUAAACUGCCUGAAGUGGAAGCCUCUGGAAAAAAAAUCACUGUGCUACAUAAUUUUAUUUAUAAACUUUGAACGGAGACCAUUUUUAAAAAGCUAUCUGCAAAAACUAGUGAAACACAUUUUUAUACAGGCUAUUCAUGCACAGAUUUUGAUAUGAAGAUGAAAAUGUAGAUCUGACUUCAAUAUCUACAGCUGCUAUUUUUUAUUCAUAAGUUUUCAUAUAAAACUGAUUCGCUAUAUUUUCCUAUAUUUCUGGUUUUUCCUCUACAACACAUUUUUUUAGAAUAAUAAAGUUUUCAGAAUAUAUUCCUGCGCUCACUUUAGAAAUUGUUUCUGCACAUAAUAAACUGUUUUUUUGCUACCAGUAUUUGGGAGUAGGGGUGGGUAGGACCCACAAGCCUCUUUAGUCACAGAUUUCUACUACCUUGUAAGUGUAAGUUGUUAUGUUCCUUAUUUUUUGUGUAUUUUUAAUUCUAUACUGGUAGAAAUUUUGUAAAUAAACUGAACUGUUGAUAUUG